AUGCAUAAGAGCAAAGUCGUAAAUACAAAACGUGAACGUCGUUCGUCAAAUAAUAAAAAUCAUAACAAUAAUACUACAGCUAAGCAACCACAAACAGAAUCAAAUUCAACCAUCAGUGCUUUAGUUACUGGUCUAACAAGUACACAAGCCAAUAUGUCGGACGAGAAAAGCCAAGCUGAUACAUCAACUGUAAAAGCAACAUCUAUUGAAAUUAUUAAUCAUACUAAUGGUAUUACACAUGAUAAUAGAAAACAUUCACCAUCAAAAUCUCUCAAACUUAAAGUAGGUAAUGAACAUGAUAAUGAAUCUCUUUUACAAACAAAUGGUCAUCAUCAUACUCAUACCAAUCUAAAUGAACAUAUAUAUGAAACACCAAUAAAUUUUGAAAGUAAUCCAUUAUCAUCAUUUGAAACACCAACAAUAUCAGCAUCAUCAGAUGAACAAGCAAAUAAACAUGAUGAAAGUAGUCAUUUAUCAUCUACAUCUCUUCAUAAUGACAAUCAUUCCAAUAAUGGUGUGGAUAGUGGUGUAUCAUCUGAAAUAACAAGUGUUACUAAUAAUGGUAUUGAAUUAGAUAAGACACAUUUCGAUGAUGAUUUAAGUACAACAAGCGGUGUAGGAUCAUCAAUACUAUCAGCUGCACGUCUUCUUGAAACGAAUGUCAAUGAAACAGCAACUCAUCAACGUGAAUCAAGUCCAACAAGUGGUGUUGUUAUACCUGAAGAAAAACGCGUUACUGAUCGCGUUAAAGUUUUUGAAGCUGCUGCUAAUAAUAAUGAUCAAUCAACACUUAAAAAACAGCCAGCUAAACCUGGUGGUAAUCAAAAACGAACAUCACCAUCAACAUUUCAACCACAUGAUAAUAAACAAAAUGGUAAACGUGAAUCACAAAUAUCUCCAUCAUCAACAUCAACAUCAACAAAUGAAAGUCUAGAAGCUCAAUUAACAAAUGAUUCAAAAUUAACAACACCAAAAAAUAAAUCUAAACGUCCAUCAUUAAAAAAACAAAUACAAAAUCUACUUAAAAUUGAUAAAACAGCAACACCAGAUGAAUCAACUAUUAUUGAAGAACAAACAUCCAUUACUAAUGGAAAAAAAGCCAAUACAUUAAAUAGUACACGUACUAAACGAGAAAAUGAUUCAACAACAUUAACUAGUGUUAAACGUACAUCACCACCAAUCUCACAACAACAUAGUCCAACAAAUGGUAAUGAUACUUUGAAAAAACGUUCAUCACCACCAUUAGUAGCAACAAAACGUACAUCUCCAAGAGAAUCACCAUCAAAAAGUCAACAACAUUCACCUGUACCCAAUGUGGCCGAAUUUAAUAUGAAACCAGUUGCUGAACCACUUGAAAUACGUAUUGAACCAAAUUUAACAAAAAAGAAAUCACCAUCACCAAUAUCUAAAACUUCUAAUAAUGGUUUAUUAACAAGUGAAACUGAUCAACGUCGAAGUACAACAGCUGUAUCAAAAUUAAUUCAUACAUUUCAAGGAAAUGCUUCUAAUGAUCUUGAACAAACAGUUCUUGUUCCACGUUUACGAAGUCCUGCGCAAUCAAUAAAUCAUACAGAAAAUGCAACAUCAUCAUCAAUAACUGGAGCGUCUCAAAGUGAUUCAUUAACAGCUAUUGUUCCUGAUAUCUCGUCAUCGACUAAUUCAGUUCCUGUUCAUUCUCAUCCUCCUCUUGUUAACAAUACAAGUAAUCCUCUUUCAUCAUCUAUUUCUGAAACAAUAAAUAGUUCAAUGUCUUCCGGUGUUGGUGAUUCGGUGAAUACAUCGGCACGUUUAGUAACAAUUGAAUCUGGUAAACGUAAUCGUCCAGGUUUUCGAGAUGCAUCACCAACAUCUUUGAGUACAACACAAUAUGGUCAAAAUGAAACAAGCAGUGUUUCAUCUUAUUCAUUAUUAUCAAAUCAAUCAACAAAUGCCCAACAUACUGAUAAUUUACGUGUACAACAUCAACGAGAAAAACAAGAAUUAUCUGAAUUAAAUGAUCGAUUUCGAGGCUAUCUCGAUCGUGUCAAGAUUCUUGAAAAUAAAAAUGCUAAAUUAACCGGUCAAUUAGAAGAUGUAACAAAAUCAUGGGGUACAGCAUCUCAAGCAAUAAUAACGCAAUAUUCAACUCCACUUGAUCGUCUUCGACGAGAAGUUAAUGACAGUAUGAUUGAUGAAGCUGAUUUACAAACACGUUUACGUCGUUCACAUUAUACAAUUGAUAAUUAUCGUUCAUUAAUUAAUGAUGAAACAGCAUGGAAUGAUCGUCAAGAAGAAAAACGUGAACAAUUAAAAUUAGAAUAUGAACAUUCAUGUGCGGAAUUAUCUGCUUUACAAAAAUCUUAUAAACAAGUUGAAGAUCAAUUAAAAUAUUUACUUAAACAACGUGAAGAUUAUCUUAGUGAAAUUGAUCAACUUAAUGAACAAUCAUAUAAAGCAACUAUUGAUAGAAUUAAAUUAGAUUUACAAGUACAAACACUACGUGAAGAAAUUCCAUUUCUUAAUGAUGUUCAUGCACAUUUAUUAAGUGAAUUUGAACAAUUAAAACCUACAAAUGGUGUUGAUACACAAUUAUUCUAUCGACAAGAAUUAGAAAAAGCUAUACGUGAUAUUCGUCGUGAUUUUGAAACUUUACAUUCAGCACAACGUAAAGAAAUGGAAGAAUAUUAUAAUGUUAAAAUAGAAGAAAUACAAAAUGAUGCUAAAAAGCUUGUACCAUUACAAUCUCGACAAGAUGAAUUAUUAAAAAUGACUGAACAAAUAAAAGCAGCUAAAUUUGAUUUAAAUGAUUCACAAAAACUAUUAGUUAAUGAAAAAGAUAAAUAUAAAGAAUUACAAGACCGCUUAGGUAAAUUAGAAGAAGAAUAUACAUAUGUACGUGAUCAACGUAAUGAUGCUCAUGAUACUAUUAACAAAGAUUUAGCACUUGCACAAGAACGUGUACAACAAUUAACAGGAGAAAUUGAUACAGUUUUACGAAGCAAUAUAACACUUGAAUCAGAAAUAAAUGUUUAUAGACGAUUAUUAGAUAGUGAAACAAAUCGAUUAUCACAACAAACAGUUGAACAAAUUUUACCAGCUGAACCAGCACCACCAUCAUUCGGUAGUGAACUUGGAAAAGUAUUUAAUAAGAAAAUUAAAAAAGGUCCAAUUGCUAUCAAAGAUUGUGCACCUGAUGGUAAAUGUAUAACACUUGAAAAUGGUUCAGGUGAUAAAGAUGUUGAUGUAUCAAAUUGGAUAUUAAAACGACGUGUUGAAGGUUCACCAGAAAUCUCUUAUACAAUUCCAUAUGGUUUAGUAAUGAAACAUGGUAGUGAAUUAAAAAUUUAUGCUCGAAGUGCACAAAAUGCACAUCAUCGACCGCCAUCACAAGUUGUUAAUGAUAAACUUGAUUCAUGGGGUAUGGGUACUGAAUGUGAAACAAAAUUAUUUAAUGAACAAGGAGAAGAAAAAGCUUCACAUUCACAAAAAAUUGUCUUUGGUUCAGAAUCACGUAAUUUACCUUAG